GACGAUAUCGGUUUCCUAUAAAAGCGGUCUCUAAGCGCCGUGUUUACUCAGUUUAAGACAAGUGUUUCGAGGAAAAUGCAGGCCGUGAAAGUGAUCUUUGUUCUGUCUUUGACCCUGGCCGUUGCCUCAGCUCGCUACAAGCCGAGGAGGUUGCCGCUCGGGGCUCCAAAACCCCUAGAGGGAGAUGAUCUAGCAAAGGCUAAUGAGCUGUUGACCGCAACACUUGCCAAACUAGCAACAGGAGAUGGUCCUAAUUACGAAGUUGUGAAUGUGAUCUCUGCAUCUAGCAAACUGGUGGCUGGUACUCUGUACAAAUUCCAGGUGGAACUGUCCAACGGAUCUGACCCCAAGGAGUGCACAGUGACGAUCUGGGACAGACCAUGGCUGCUAGAAAAGAACCAGGGCACCAAUGUUAAGGUCCUGUGCAAGGAUGAAGCUGAGAUCGACACUACCUGGUAGACUGAGGUUCUUGUUUCUACGUCAAAUAAUUGUGAUUUAAUAAAAAGUGUGAGCAUUAGAACUUGUUAUUUCGAAAAAAUAGCCCAGAACAUAAAUAUUUCGGUGAAUCCCAGGAAUCACAACGCUUAUAUAAUAAACAAACUUUGCUCUGUUAUAAUUAAUUUCUACCGAUCGUGGAGCAACCAGUUUCAGUAGUGGGAAUCAAACGGGAAUUAGUAUAGCUUAUAAAUUUGAAUGGGUCAAAUUAAAUAAAGUGCUAUAAUAGAUAA